AUGUGGAUGUCUCGAGCUAUUAUCAUGGGAUCAGUUCUUAUUGGCAUGAUAUCAGCAGUUCUCAUGAUUCCAGCCGGUGUAUUAUCAAGUGAUCCUGAUAAAAUCAAUACGAGCAUUCAACUACGACAAGCAUCAUCGGCAAUAGCUCUCAGUUUGACCGUACUCUUCUAUCCAGUUUGGUUUCUAACAAAAACAAUAAAAUAUAUGACAAAAUUUGCCAUUAUUCUUAUGGUUGUUUCUAGUUUUGCUUGUUUGGUAGUUGGUAUUUAUAUUAUGAUUACAUCGGUUCCAGAUUAUUAUAUAAAAUCAAAUGAAAAAGAAUAUUGGGUGUAUAUUUUUCAAAUCGUGCCUAACGUUAUCGCACUAUUUACAUGGUCAAUCUUGCAUCCAAAACGAACUUUAAAACAAACAGAACCAUUAAAAGAACCGGCAAAACAACAGGAAGAAAAAGAUGAAGUCAAAACUGAUGAUGGCGAUGUUGUGGAAAUCAUGCGACUCUAA